CGGGGGUGCGCGUAGAACUCGUCUCGUCAGUUACACGCUAUCCCGACGCCGGGGUGCAUACACCCGCGUCGCGUCGCGCAGGGCACCCGCAAAAGGGCAUGACGGAAGUGUGUUACUAGGCCGAGUGGCACACGUGAUACUCUUCUCGUGCGACGCUGCUCUUCGGCGACGUCAUGCCCGGUGUUCCCCGGCAUCUGCAUCCGAUAUGCGACGCGCAGAACUGCCCGAAUAACAUCGCGCAAUGACUCGUCUUCUCCUAGUGGACGAUGCAUUUUAUCCGUAACAGUUGGGAAAGUGCGCGAAUUUUGCGGGCGGGAGAACGUGAGAUUGCUUUACCCUAGUUUGCGAGCGUGAUACCUUCAAUGUUCCUGAUAGGAAAUUGAUCCACUGAUGCAGUGCUGUUGAAUCCGCCGAGGGGUGUGUACGCGACGUAGUAGUUGAGGGCGGAAGGAUCUGUUGUGCGAGCGAUUUCUGCAGCAGUCAUGGAUAAACGACGGUCCUUGGACGCAGGAGCGAUGCAGGAGUACCCUUUGCCUAUUCCGGUUCAGAUGUUCCUUUGGCGGCAUAUAAGGCCAUUUAUUCGAGCUAAGCUAGGAAAACUCCACGAAGCAUCUUGCACGUUCUGUCAACACGCGCCAGGCCAUCAUGAAAUGAAGGAAGCGUGCACGUGCCUUGAAAGGGUUCUAGUACAAAAUCUUCAUAAUGACCUGACACCUUCGUUGAGCGAGAUAUUGAGCAAUGUGCCACGCUGGCGCCUGAUUCAAGCCGCUCUCCCUUAUGUUCUUCAUGGUACAGCCAGUCUCCUGCAUAAUAGGAAAGAUUUUCAGAGUCUCGGCGCAAUGGAGACGACUCUACUUUACAUUCUUCACUGGAUACUUUUGGAUUCAGCUGAAGAAUGCGCCGAGAACGAGGCCGAACCACCAAAUCCCUUUUACUACUUGUUUCCGAUACCAACCAUGACUCUCUUCAUCUACCUGUUUGCACCGCUGUGCAACCAUUUAAAAGACAUCGAUUUCAAGACGAAUUUACGAUUGGAGAACGGCCUAAAAAUAUGGUCCGCCAUGUACGAAUUCCGACAUCCGGAUGCACUUUGCUUCACGACUCAUUGUCGCGCAAAACCACGUAUUUAUUGGAGCCAAUCUUUCAAAUCCGCCAAGCAUCACAUGUUGUCGGAUGUUGAUGUUUUCGUUGGAAAUGUCGAAAGUCCACCCAGUCAAUCGUUUUCGGAUCAGAGCGCCCCACCGUCUUCGAGAGUAAUUGACGAUGAUCAACAGAGCACCUGGAUAUCGUCACCGAAGGACACGGUUUUCCCAGAAACGAUUCCUGAAGAGAGCUCCGGCGCGGAAGACGAGCAUGUGGUAAUAUUCAGAUUACCAUCUCUGACUGAAUCGGAGAGGAUGCUUGAUGGGGUAAAGGAAGUUUCCACCAUAUUUGCAGGUGAAGCCAGCAUCUUUCACGUCGCAAUGGGCAGAACGACCAGCUCCUCGAGAUCUACGGUGACGAUAGAACAGGUCACGGCGAUUUCUGGACUGGACACGUGCAAAGAAUACCACGGGAAAGCUACAAAAUCUGGUAUAAGUACGGAUAAGGAGAAAGAGGAGAAACCCAAGCAUGAUAGAGAGGUAGCGCACACUUCGAAAACUCGAAGUUUUCCAAUCCAACGUCAAUCUGCGACUACAACAGAGCACCCUGCCGGUUCUACUGUCGUUGAUCGGGACGUUCGUGCAGCAACUUUCUUGGACGUAGCUACUUUGAGGUGUCUGUUUGUGCCUCAAUGGCAGGAAGAAGGUGUUUUCUGGGCUCUUCAAUUCUUAUACUAUCGGCUACGAAAAAUCAACGAGGAAAACUCAGUGCAACAAAUGCCGCGUCGUCGUAGCAACUCUCUGCCCAUACCGAAAAUCGAGGUUUCAUUUUACCAGAGCCCUGAGAGUAAAAAGAAAGAUGUAAAAGAAGUUAUAGAAGUGCCUGAUGUUCGCGACGCUUCCCUGCUAACGGGCCACGAAAGCGAAUCGAGACAUACAAGACGUGCUAGCGAGAAGACGAAAAAACGCAUGAAGAUGGCUGAUCUCAAGGCCUUUGUGGAGACGAAACUGCUCUCAAAGUCGGAAAAGGCGCUUGAGAAAAUCGGCCAAGAGGAACCCAAGAUGUUGUUCGAGCAGGAAUGUCAUAGAAGCCUCGAUACUGGAGACGAUCAUUUAACGAGACCAACCUCAACCAGUUCGAAAAUUUUUGAAGCCAAGGACGUCGACUACAUGAAACACCCCACGAAUCUGAUUAAAGGAAAGAGUAUGCCGAGUUUAAGCUGCUUGAUUAACGAGCUGACCGCGGGAGGGUACGUCGGUGAUACUCGCAUCGAGAGAAAACAGAGCCGGUUUUAUAGUCAGUCUUACACCGCACCGAAUCCAAUUAUCACUGUUACGGAACACACGCCAACUCCAUCUCCCGAUUUCAUGAAGCGACAGGGAUCCAUCGAUAGUCAAUUAGAUCUCAUCAGUGUCCAAGCUGGACAUUUGUGUUCUGAGAGAAAACCCAGUCUUGCAAGAUCUCAGACAGAUUCUAACAUUACUUACAUGAGCGAUGAAAUACCGGAAGCUCCGGGUUCCGCGUGCUACAUCACUAAAGAAGGUGAUGUUGAUCUCCAGAUCGUCUUAAAGGCUGUACAUUCUGUCGCUUUGCGAGAUAACACCUGUUGUACGGCGCGUGUCUGUGAGACUAUUUUAAACUUGGUGGAACUCUUGAUGGAUAUGGGGGUCAUGAAGUAUUGUCUUCGUGAAGAAGCUGCCGGCAGUAACGCAGGAUCUGGUAUUGGAAUUGACAAUAAAUCGGAAACAGGAAAGAAACAGGAUUCACCGACAGGAUUUAAUCAGCAAGAAUGUAGGCACGAUUUAAAUGAGAAAGGCAAAGCUCACAAUCUCCUCAUGAAUUGUGUGAUUCGAGUGUUAAAGCACUUGGGCUGUCCGCAUGGUUGCUUGGAUGGAGUGCGCGGACCUCAGGCCGAUAUUUGUCGUUCCCAAGGCCAGACCAUCUUGACUAAAUUGCAUCGUGCAAGUUCUCGGCAAUUUUCGCGAUUCUUGAGAACGAUGAUGCGCGAACAACCAUUAGCAGAAAUUCUGGACUUCUUCCAUGCGUAUGUUGGAUACUGCGUCGAUCCGAGUUCACUGCUAUCGCCGCUCAAUCAGAAACGCCUAUCAGGCAAGUCGCCUGACGUGGCGUUUCAAAGCGGAUACGCGACGAAUUUUGGCGCCGGCAUGAUCGCCUCUGGAGCCAGUGGAACCGGAGUAGGCACUUCAGGUAUGAGUGGAACCAGCGGGAAUAUCGGUGCGACGACGAGCGGCAUCGCGACGUCCUACAGCACCGGCGGUUACGGGUCGCGCGGUAUCGAAGGACAGAUUAUGGCUUGCAUCUUCAAAGUCCUGGUCACACGUCUCAUGGAUUUCUCGAAGCAGUUAAAAUCGCAGGAGAACGUCAAUCUAUAUUGCGACGUGAGACAAUUGAUGACAUAUGUCAAGGAGGCGCACGGUGGCAUUUUCCGACGCGUGGCUCUUAGCGGUAUCCUGGAUUCCGCGGAUAGACCGAAUAAACGUUGUAACAGCAAUGUGCAAACGACACGUGUUAUAAGACAUAUUCAUCAAUCAGAUUUAGAGGAGCACGCGGAUAUCGGUGGAGACACGUGUUACACCGUUGACGACAGGGGCACGCGAAAGUUUCUAUUUAAAAAGAGAAGCACAUCGUCCACAUGCGCUGCGGGAUCGAAUUUGCAGAGUUUACUGGAGACAGAAUUGUGCGAGGAGAAAUUAAGCCAAAGUCCGCUGGGCAAUCUGCGCAAGAAACACCACGUGUUAACGCCAAGGCAGAGCGAACGUAAUUUAGGCGUCGGCGAGCCAUCCAUGGGGCCUGGAAAGAUGGGGCAGAAAUCAACUCGGUUUCAAAUCGGCGGUAUCGUCAAUUGGUUCCGGAAAGAUUACAACCGCACCGAUUCUACCGAUAGCCAUGAAAGUAGCGAGUCACCCACAGACGGCAGCUUUGUUAGGCAACAGAGUCUCCAUUACGGUCAUCAUCGCAGUGCGUCGCGAACCAGUCGCGGAGUUGGUUUGACUCUACAGAAGGCGAAACGUCGGAUGGAGGAUCAGCUGAUUAAAAUCGGUUUCGGCAAGAGCAAGAAAAAAGAGAGCAUGGAGGAGACGCCUGGAAGCUAUUUUAGUCGGAGAAAUUCUACCGAGCUCGGCGAGUCUUGCAGAGAAUCUGAGUUUGUCGUCCUGAAGGAGAGGAGACUGGUACCUCGCACUGCGGUAUUCGACGGAAUGUUACGGUUCUCCUUCUUAUUAGAAACCUGUCAGCCAGGUUCCGUUCCUGAUCCUCAUCUAAUGGCAUCGCUGCUGGAUCUUCCGUACGCGCCGGUGGUAUCUCGUGCUUGUCUGAUACUGGAAUGUGCGCAUUUGGUGCAUCAGUGCAACAAAGGCCACUGGCCGGCGUGGAUGAAGCACAACUUUCCCAUGUUCCGACCAUCGAUGCCGAUAAACACCCGAAAUACUUCCACUGCACUCAGGCGAGUUCACGUAUUACAACGCACCGCGGGAAAAAUGUUUUAUCAAUGGGCAGAGGCUAUAGGAUCGCGUUUGGAAGAGUUCUUAGCUGAGGAUAAGCAAAAUAUGGAGCAAGUUACCAACGUAAUGUUCGAUGAGAGUAAACAGAAAGAUCUAGUUCUGGAAGACGAAGAGGAAGAUUUUCUCGACGAUGCAAGUAUAAACAGUUAUGGAUCUCAGUGUCCCUUCGCGCUGCGUCUCGUCGCUUGCAUUUUGCUGCUGGAAGUGACAGCGUUCUUGAGGGAGACAUACCAGACUUUGCCAAAGUCAAGUAAACUCUUGACGAAGGAACGUCCACCACCUUGGGAGAGGAUGUACAGUCGAGAAGCGAAUCGACGCUGGAGCGUGGCUCUGUCCUCCAUGGGCCAUUCACAAGCAUCCGCGCAGAGUCUUCAGUCUAUAGCCGGUGAUCGCGAAGUCGUCGCGGAGCGAAAAAUCAGUUUCGUCCUUUACGAGCCUGACAACGAAUCAGAAGGCAGCAGCAAGUCAACAGUUACUGUACAAGGAGAGGACAUCGAGAAGGAAAAGGCGAAGAGGGUGCAGGCACCAAGCAGACCGUUUCUCCUUCGUCGCAGUACUGCUAGCACUGCGACUGGUUCGUUCAAAAAGAGAAGCCUGAAACUUCGCCGUAAUACUAAAGAAGGCAAGGACACAGAGUGCGAGGCAUAUAUGGUAAAGCGCGCGGAUUCUAUUCAAUCCAAGAGGAAAGUGAGCUCGCUUUCCGACAGAAGCGAUACGUCGGAACCCGGUGGUGGCGGCGAACACAGUGGUGGUGAGGAAUCGCCGGGUAUCCUCAGCGACGAUCAGCCACCGGAGAGCCCGAGUGACAGCAACGAGGCUGACGAGACCAACAGGAAUUUUCCGUGGAUGAAAGUGCUCGUACAAUUCGCCAACUCCUUCAAUUUCUAUUGCUCUCAUCAGACAUUCUGCCAUCCGUUCUGCCAUCGACGGCAGUUGCGUGCUAGCAGCAGAUUGAUGAAGUCCGUGAGAAAGAUCUAUGGCGAGAAAUUUGGCAUUUUAAAUGGCACGGGUUUGUUGGAUGUAGACACUGAUAAGAAGGAAGACAACAAAAAGGAUAAACGUAGCCGUAAGGUGUCCGAACAACAAACCAGCACGCAGGUAUCGCCUGUCCGAAGAAAAGACAGCGUGGGACGCAAGUACAAGGACUCCUCAAAGGACCUGGCGGAGCAAGACUCGGAAAAAGGAAAGGAAUUCUCAAAGAAGUUCACAGAGAAGCAAGAUGAUGAGGAAGACAAAGAACCACCGCCUAUUUUAAAAUACAUAAAAAAUCAAGUAAAGAAUUCUUUUCACGCACCUCUGGCCACUUUGAUUAAAGGAGCGGUCGUCAUGACGGAAGAUCUGUUCGUUGAAGUGCUGCCUGUUGCGUGGGAGCUUUUACUGGAAUCUAAUCAAGAAGUCGCCGCUUCUGCGGCGGCGCUUUUCAUAGUAUCGGCCGUGCGAGCACCAAAUCAGGCCAGUGAUCUUAUGCACAAGGGACUUCAACAUAGCAACACCAAUGUGCGCAUUAACGCCAUUCUGCGGUUUCAAGUUCUGUGGAAAUUGCGGUACCAAGUGUGGCCGCGGAUGGAGGAGGCGGCUCAUUUAACAUUCAAAGUUCCACCGCCAGGAAUAGAAUUCACCCUACCGUCACCGAAGAUUGGAAUAGAAUCUCUACCUGUGGUCGAUCCACCCUGGAUGCCUCAGGUGAAGACAAAAGUGGAGGAAGUUACUAUCAACCAGGAACGUCACAGAUCUUUGGUAACUGCGACAAAAACGCGGAAAAAGCAGCAGACCGAACUGAUCACGAAAGCUCUCCAGGCGCAGGAUGACAAGAAGCGGGAGGAAAGAGAAAAUUUUCUGAUUACAACGAUACCAAUUACCGUCCAAGCUGCUUAUGAGCCUAGUCCAGUGGGAGAUGAUCAUGACGAGGGUAACGUAGGAGAUGAAGAUGCAGGUGAGACUGUUCCAAGAAAUACAGCGCAUCAUGGACAGUCGGCUCUCUCGUUGUUUCCCUCGUCACUAUGUUCAGCGAUUGUUCAAAUUAUUAAUCUUCUGGAUGAUCCAGCAGUCUCCGACGAUGGAAAUGCCGUUUACGAAGUGGCAUAUCAAGUGAUCUGGAACUGCCUCGUGGAAGAUAGCGCUUUGUUCCUUCGCUACAUAUUGGAGCGUCUCACGAGAGAAAAGCAAGAGUUGAUGUUUAAGAUUUUGAGGCACCUUAUCAGAUUUGUACCGAAGUUACCACAGCAGGCUGCGUUCGCAUUGUAUAAUUACAUUAUUGGAUACGUAAUGUUUUACGUGCGCUCUCCGCAUGAGGAAGGGCAGAAAUUAAUUGGAACUGCGCUGUCCAUCUUAUGGAUGGUGGUGCACAGCGUACACGGCAUUAUGUUUAAAGAUCUAAAGCAAAUCCUGCGGAAGGAACAAUGCGAUGCGUCUAUUCUGCUAACGGCAAACGUUCCAUCCGCGAAAAAGAUAAUCGUUCACGGCCCUCAAGAUCCUGAUGCCGGUGAGAUACCAUCGCAGUUUCCCGUUCAGGAGGACACGCAAUUCUGUCAGAUACUCAGGGAAUCUUUGGACUUUUUCGGUAUCGAGGAAUCGAUACAGCACGAGUACUUUCUUGUAGAUUACAAAACACAUCAGAUACACAAUCCAUCGUCGUACGUUAGAGAUUAUUAUUUUUUCAAGAGAUCACAAUUCCCGCAAAUCGAACUCAUUCACAUGAAGCCGGAAGAUGCGUUCAACGCGCUGCAAAGACAAGAAUUGGUGCACAAGUUUGUGGAGAUAGGGAAAGUACUGUUGACCUGGGCAAUUCUGAAAAACGUUGACAUGGUGGUUCAAAGAGUCGUAUUUCUGCACGAGGAGCUCAUGAAGCUACCAUCAUUCCCGCGAAAAGCGCUAGAAGCAGAUUUAGACUUGUACAAAGGUGGCGAGGUUGGAAGAGAGCUUCUUGGACUGGACGUAAUGCAUAAAUUCAUGUGGGUCAGGUUGAUCGCGCGCAUGUUUGAGGCCAUGGCCGGCAAUUUUGCGUAUUCCGGCGACAUCCAUCUCUUUUUGAACGUCUUGAAUGGCGCCAUAAUCCUUCAUAGCGAAGAUUCUUGCAUUUUGCGUUACGUCGUGGCGACCUAUAUAAAUGCAGCGCACAAUUUCAAGAAUAUCUUCUCGACGAACGGUUAUCUGUUGAUUAUGCCGACCUUAUUGCAGCUGUACUCGACGCAUCAGACAAACAAACUUGUGACAACCACCGUCGAAUACGCGGUUAAACAAUUUUAUCUAAUGAAUCGUAAACCCUUCAUUCUUCAGAUGUUUGGCAGCGUAUCUACCAUAUUGGACACGGAUGUGAAAAGCGUGCAUGGCGAGGCUCAUAAGGUUCCCUCGACGUGUCUGUUUAAUCUGCUAAUGAGUUUGGAAACUCCAUCGCCGGAUCCGCUUAAUAUAGGGGAAUUAGUGAAAGAAGAGAAACCUUUGAAAGCCAUAGACUUCUGUUAUCACGACGAAGAGGAAAUGGUCAACGUGCUCGAUUGUAUAUCCCUCUGCGUGAUGGUGAUUGCUUACGCACCCGACUCCAUCAGAGGCCAACAGAUGUUGAUAAUAUUGGAAGCGAUACUGCCAUGUUACAUUCAGCAGAUCCAAUUAUCCACGUACAAUAAAGAGGGCAAAACAGAAAAGGAGAUAAUAAAUCAAUUAGCCAUAGCCGUGAAAACAUUAGUUAAUAAUUCGGAAGCAUUGACAAAGAAUUAUAACGGCCCGCAGAAAUCUAGUCCCGAACAUAAAAGCUCCAGUCAGAAAAAUUAUGGUAAAGGUCCGUAUUCACCAGGUUUUGAUUUCGAGGAUGAAACUCACACAAAGUACAUAGAACACUCGAGAGUUCGACAUUUCUACGAGCGAGAUACCGAAGAUACUGAAAACUUCCAUAUGAACGAAUUUAGAAGACCGCGCGAUACCUUGUUAAAUAUGGUUGGAGAUUUCAUGGUUCGUUGUUCUGCUCGUUUGGUAGAACUCAACCGGAAGGCACAGGACGGGAAGACUAUUGAAUUGUUGGAUUCAAAAUGUCAUGUGCGACUUGCUGACAUCGCUCAUAGUCUCUUGAAGGUUUCACCAUACGAUCCAACCACUAUGGCCUGCCGUGGACUCAAAAGAUACAUGAACGACCUUCUUCCUUCGACUGAAUGGGCGGCCGAUGACGUGAGACCAUCGCUGACGCUCAUUCUCAGAAGGUUAGACAAGACUUUUUGCAAAAUACACAAGAAAACGUCGAUCAGGAGAAAUACUGAUUGGGCCGCAGCCAGCGAUCUCUUGAAAGGAGUUUACAAGACUCUGUUGAAAUGCCCGUACAUCGCGCAUUUUCAAUUGCUGAAGGCGCUGUUGAGUACCUGUCAGGCUUUGAUUGUUGGUGAUACACCGGAAGAUGUAACUUCGGCCUCCGCGGCUGCUCUGAUGAGCAAGAUACCGCCGCCUCACUUCUGCUCGACAGUACUACGUUUGGUCGCUUUGCACAUGAUAUCCUUCGGCGACGGAUAUGCCUUGGAAAAUGUUCUCGGUGGUCAGACCUCGUUGUUUGCUACCCAGACUCGCACAGAGAAUAUACUGUUGAAUUUGUUGAUACCGUUAUUUCUACGUGUUGGAACGGGAAGAAAAGAUGUACCGAAACUCAGACACUCAGACAUUAGUUUUGCUCUGACCGCUGUAUUAGACACGCUUUGGCCGCCGGGAGCAAAAGCGGCACCAUCGACGGUGCAGAAGGCACCAACGGAUAUAAGAGCCGGAAGCCUAACAUUCGCUGCUCCGAAGACUCUGACGAAGACGUCGUUAACAUUAUAUCAAGUAGCAUUUUUAGCGCUUAAAAUAAUGACAAUAUGCUUCGACACCGAGCUGAGGAUGGAAUGGCCGAAAAUCUUUCGAACGAUGCGUCUGCUGAACAAGCGCAAUGAGGCUUCCAUAUACCUGUGGAAUUUCUUGGAGUUCGUAGUGACGCACCGCACGGCCUUGUACAUUCAGAUGCUCCCGUUUAUCAUUUAUAAAAUUGGGCAAGCGCCGAUAUCCGAGCACGAGCGAAACAUGCACAGCAUCAUACGCGAGAAAAUCAACGGCAGCAGCACGACCGUGCCAAAAUCUCGAGGAGCGUUGCUGAUGGAUCUCAUUCACGAAUUGAAGAACUUGAAGGAGGAAAUUGAGAAUCGUAGAUUCGACGAAAUGCAACCAGAACCCAAAAGGAGCGUGGUGGACAUACACCCGAUAUCCGAGGGCCAACCGCGUACUCAGAGGCCGUCCUUGCUGAUGGAUCUCCUGACCGGCGACCUAGGAUCCAGAGCUCACAUUAAUCGCGCCUCCACCGACACUCCAGUGUCUCAUUCCACAGCAGCUCAGUCUCAUUCAACUCAUCAGCCCAAUUUAAGCACUGUUAAAACAACGCAGCCGAGUCAAGUAAUAGCACCGCCAAAUGCAUCUGUAUCGAGCGUCAGCGCGGGAUCUUCCACUGUGCGGGAAGCGGGCGAGACAUUCGCCGGAGAGAUCUGCGUUGAGCAACAGCCGCCGUCGGCGUCGACAGAUAGAUCCCAACCAUCUUCUACUAGCGAUGAACGUAACCAUAUUAAGCUUCAUCCUAUCUUACCUCAUCAAAGGGCGCCAAAGCUGCGCUUUGUAUCUUCCGUAGAGUUUAGACACUCAUCAGGGGAGACCGUGACGAGUCAGCUAAGUCCCAGCAGUCCAACCGAGGACAGUUCCGGAGAAUUACAUACAGACAGGCCUCGCUUACAACGUUCUAUGGGUCAAAGCAAGAGGACCUUCCGGUUAAGAAAAAGUCGAAAGACACAUAUUGAGAUGACUCAAACGAAGUUGGAUCAGCCAGACGCGACGCCUGAAGAAGAGGCGACCGUCCAACCGAAAUCAUCAGUGCAGACAUCCUUGAUGUCAGAGUUAGAUCCACCUUUAUCCAACAUCCCUUCCGACUCUUCGUCCAUUCGUUCUAGACGAAGUCUAUCUCUUCGCAAAUUCGACAGUGACAAAACUUUCAACUCGCCGGCCGAUCAGCAGCAGUUCCACGGGCAUCAGCAUCAUCACUGUCACCAUUUCCAUCACCAUCUGCACCCUCAGGUGUCGGACAUGUCUUGGGACGAGGAUACGUCCAGUACUUCGGGAUACCGUGAGUCAUACAGUAUGCAGCUCGUGUCUUUAAACGGUGCCAACGCUCGUUCGGCGCCGCCCUUGGCGUCGCCGGAUCUCAACGAUAUGCCGUCCACGAGCAGCACGACGACCAAUUACAUAGGCAGCUCCCCGGAUUGCUCGAUGAACGACAGCGGGGGCGAGAAAACUGUUCUCUUAACAUCGAGCCAGAGAACGACCUCUCAGCAUUCCUUAUUGAUGGUCUUUCCGAACGACGACGAAGACACAUUAAUAUAAAGCAUUUGAUAUUUCGUUGAUUCGAUUGAGACUGAUAAUUAAAUAGAAUCAAGAGCUUUUGAGGUAACAGGUAAUUCAAAAUGAUGUUUUGAUGUCGGAUUGACAUGGAGAAUUGUAACAUCGUUUAUUUAUUACCUCCUAACUCUUGCGAUUAAAGGGACGUAUAUGUUUUAUUGCAAAUCGGUGUCAAAAAUGUUUUUAUAUUGAUAUAAUUUAUUUGUUUAUCGCUUCAUCGCAAUUUGCGAGCCACAUAUGUCCCAAUAGUAAAACACACUAGUGAAACACGUAUGUUCCAUUAAUUUUAGAACAGAUAGACAAUAGCUACACAUUGAAUAAGUAAUUUUUUAAUGAAAACGUUGCAAGAGAGUUAAAAGAGAGAAAGUUAAAUCGCUCGAGAUGGCUUGUAAAAUCCAGUUCGUUGAAUACUUGUAUUUCUAUAAUGCUUUUGAAGAGAUUUAGAUUAGAUAUUACUGUAGGCCUAAUCGUUUACAUGCUGUGAAUGUAUACAUAACUAUAUUUGAAAUAAAGACGGUUCUACGAA